AUGCCUUUUGCCCAAAUUGUGCUCGGACCUCCUGGUUCAGGGAAGACAACGUACUGUAAUGGGAUGCAACAAUUUUUACAAGCCAAUGGACGAGAUGUAGCAAUUGUUAAUAUGGAUCCUGCGAAUGAACAGUUACCAUUUAUAGCUGAUAUUAAUAUAUCAGAAAUCAUUUGUCUUGAAACUGUCAUGGAGGAAUUUGACCUUGGUCCCAAUGGUGGACUUGUGUAUUGUAUGGAGUAUAUUGAUAUGAAUUUUGACUGGCUGGAAACGAAACUAGCACGACUCAAGGACAAGUACGUGCUCUUUGAUUUUCCAGGUCAAGUGGAGCUUUAUACACAUGACAAAAGUGUGCACAACAUUGUACACAAACUAGCAAAACUUGGUUAUCGUUUGGCAGUUGUCCAUCUUGUAGAUGCGCAUCAUUGCACCGACAGUUCCAAGUUUGUUUCAAUAGUGAUGCUGAGUUUAUCGUCAAUGGUUCGACUUGAACUACCACAUAUUAACGUACUCUCAAAGAUUGACCUGAUACAGCAGUACGGAAAACUUGCAUUCAAUUUGGACUUUUACACGGACGUACUGGAUCUCCGGUACUUGCUGAAUCGUCUCGAUGAACCAGAUGAUGCCGAAGAUGAGGACCAAAUCUUGCUAGAACCGCGGCAUACAAGGAUGCUCAACUCGCGACUUGCUGAGCGAUUCCGACGUAUGAACGAGGCUCUAGUCGACGUUAUCGAAGACUUUAGUCUUGUGAGUUUCUUGCCAUUGCAGAUCCAAGAUGCUGCGACACUACAGAAGCUUGUUGCUGCUGUCGAUAAGGCCAAUGGCUUUGUUUUCACUGGCGUGGAUUUCCAAACGGCUGUUGUCAAGGAUUACGCCUUCGGUGACCAGAGCGCACCUGAAGUUCAAGAGAAAUACAUAAAUCAAUAG